AUGAAACCGACCCUAGCAGCCUACCCGUUGAAUUUCUUCGCCUUCAUGUUGAUCUAUGAAAUCAGUAUCCAGGAGCCUUUCUUUUUCAAAACUUUGAAACAAAGCUUUAAACAUAAGAUACUGUGCAAACUCUAGAUUGUGAUACAAUACACUCUGAUAAUAAUAUUGGCGUUAGAAUACUCCGGAUUGCCCCAAUAUGGGUUAAACAGUUUUUAAGCCUUGCUCUCAGGACUGAAGACUUCGUAUGAUGGUCCCUACCUCCUCAUCUUGGCAAUAGCCUAUUUUUUAAAUAUCAUAAUAGAUGUGUUAUACAAUGUGAGACAAUUGAGAGGUCAAGUAAGUGCGGCUAGUGAUUUAUCAAAUGACUUUGAUUUGGAUCUAAUCAGUUAUUUGGCUUAGAAGGAGAGGUAGGAACGUAGAUAGACGGUGGUUGCAUUGAUAAUCCAGACUUAGGAUAAUGCGAUACAAGAUCAGAAUGAGUAACCGCAGAUUAACCAGGGUGAAGUGAAUGGGGAAGUUCAGAGAAAUUAUAUUGAAUAAGAGUAGGAAGUGAUUGAGGAUAAUGUAGAAGGGUAGGACAAGCAAAAGAAGAAUCAUCAAUUUGUUAUCAUUAGGAUUCUUAUUGCAAUUUAAUAACUAUAUUGUGUAUUCAUCAUAAUGAGAUUUCCCUACUUGGGAUUCACAUUAUCAAUUUUAUGGAUUUUCUAGAGUUCAAUCACUAGGAAUCCAGAACAGAUUAUUUAGUUCUUAUUUUUAGUUUAUUACCCAACAGCUUAUUAUCAAAUUAGGGAAUGUGAAAAACUUGAUGUAUUUGAUUAAUGUUUAGUUUGGACUUAAUUAUUUAUUUGCUUCGGAACCUAUAAAUUUUACUUGAAUAAUAAGGAGCAAAUUCAGUCUGCACUCAAUUCAAAGUAAUCCUUAUUCCAGACUUAUUUUAAUUAAGAAUAGGAAGAGGAGGCAUUUCAAUUAGCAUAGUUAAUUUGGGCAUUUGUUCUGAGGAAUAGCUACUCAAUUACUUUGGUUAUAGUGUUUUGGAUUAGUCUCUUUACAGCAAACAUUAUACACACUCUGUUAUUGGUGACCACAAUCUUAUUCAUAGUGAGACACGAGAACAAAAAUAGAUCUAAUUCCCAACAUUCAUUCAGACACAGAAAUUGGAUAUGGAUGGUUGUGAUAAUCAAUAUCAUCAUAUUGCUCAAAUAUGUGUAUAUGUUGGAGAUGGUAGUAUUCGGUGACUUUGGUUACAACAUAAUUGAGUUGUUUGGAUUUUAGUUUGAAUACAAUUUGCCAUUUAAUUUAGGGUUCAACGACAAGGAUUUUGGAUCUUUAAGUGUAUUUUGGAUGCUGGAUUGUUUUGUAGUUCUCCAAUAUGAGACAUAUAAAAGUACUACCUAUAAACAAUUGCAGGAGAACUAUCAAAAGAUGAUUUCCAAAAUUGGAAUAUUUUCAUCGGUAAGAUAGUUGUACAAUGUAUUGUAUAUCAAAUUUAUUUUAUGGAUCUGCUAUUGGAUUUCAUUAUUGAUACUCACCUUCUAAUCCUUCAAUAUUAUAAAUCUAUUUCAGAUUCUACUAUUACUUUAUAUCAUCAAGACUCACAUAUCAGGAAUGAUAAAUAAGGAUAUUCAAUUCAGAAAGAUUCAAAUUUGUUGGAGUAUCUUCCUGAUGCAAGUUGGAUUUGCCACAUUAUUUCGAUAUUUAUUUGACUUCUCUUGCUUACAAUUAUUAUAAUCUCAGUUGAGAAAGAUAACCAUUUAUGAAUACAUGUACACUCACCAAGGUUUCAUUGGAUUAAGUAAACGAGUACCAUUUUUGAUCUUUCCCAAUCUUGUGUUAGACAUUGCAGUAUUAUGUUUGGGAUAUUUGGGGUAAGACUAUUUGCAAUAGAUGAUAUCGAUCAAUGAUCUAACAGUCCAUGUUCAGAGAUCACACAAGCAUACGAAUGAGCAUAAUGAAAUUGAGUUGGAGGAUCUCAGCAAAAGUCUCAAGGAGAAUCUGAUCAAUUCAAACAAUGAUUCUUAGAUGGAGGAUAGACAAUCCAUAGCGGCCAAUUUCGCUUUUGAUUUCACCUUACAAUUUCCGUUUUUAAAUGUGAUAUAUAAGUAUGUGAGUUUAUUGUUACCAAUUAUUAUCUACAUCGUUAUUGUUAUAACAUCAAUCAAAUACAAGAUAUCAUGUAGUAUGCUAGUCUAUUUACUAAUCAUGUUUUAUUACAUCUACAAAACAAGAUCGUAUUUUAUUGAGCAAUUUCAGAACCAUCAAAUCACAAGCAAACUCAAUGAAAAAAUCAUAAGAUGGAAAUACAUUUUCAUAAAUAAAGUAGAGAAGGAAGGAAUGCGAGUUAGGAUGGAAGACUCUCUAACAUCAAAAUACAAUACCAAUCUUAUUUUAACUAUUGCCAUGAUUACCAAAGACAUAAAAAUAAAGUCAUUUGAAUACAAAAAGGCUUGUUGGGUUGGCACUCUCAUGUUUAGUAUGCUAUUCCUAUUAAUUACUUACUUAUCGCAAUCCUUGAAAUAUUUUGAGGAUUACAUUGACUUAAAGACAAUGGUAAACAUUAAGUACAUCUUGUUUGCCUUUGGAACCUACAACGAUUACCAAAGGGAUGAUUUUAUAGUCAAAGACAUCUAUCCAUAUUUAAUCGCCUUGAUAAUAGUGAUCAUAGACGUGAAGGCUUCAGACUUUCUCACUUCGAUUGACAAUGAUGAUUAACAUCAAGAAUAGAUUACUAAAUCUAUUUAAUAGACUGAAUAAUAUCGAGUCUCUGAGAGAGAGUCCCUUUAAAAUUCUGCCUCCUAUUUGAUUGAUAAUUUCUAUUACAACAAAUUUCAAUUGUUAAAGCUGAACUUCCAAAAGGGAGCUAUUCAUUCUUCAGAGAGAAUGUACAUGAUCAUCCUAUUCUUUUUGGCUGCUAUUUCUGAAGGUAUAUUCAGCAUCAUUUACAUCCUAUUGUUUGCACUUGUGUUCUACUCGUCAACCAACUCAAAGUCUACUAUCAACAAAGUGAGUGUAUUAGUGGUGAUCUUCCAAUACGUUAGUUAUCUGAUAACAUUAUCUUAAGGCUCAUCCCCAAGAAUCCUGCCUGAGGAAUUCAAUCAAACAGAAUAUCUCAUUUUCAACUUCUCAAAUACAGAUUUGCUAGAUAAAUGGGGGUUGUCUGGCAAAGGAAGGAGCAAGGGAACCUUUAUUUUUAAUUGCAUCAUCAUAUUUGCCAUUUGGCUCUUUUAUUACUUUUAGGAAGUGCUAAGCAUCAAGAUGAUCUUGUUCAUUGAUCAAUGCUACAUUAAUAUGAAGUUAAGGAAAAAGGAAAAGCACAUCUCCUCUAAAUUUUACAUCAUCAUCAAACGACUCUACAUCAUUGGCAUAGUGUAUUUCAUCUUAUUGGUGCAACUCUCAGUGUUAUGCUAUUAUUUAUUUGUAAUCUACUCGACCAGAAUCUUGAAGACCAUCAAUUUGGCCAUGUUUCUAUUCACAAUAUUGUCAUUGUAUGUAAUUGAAAUACAGUUGAAGAUUCCAAAGAAAUAGACUGAAAAAAGAACUGACAUAUACAAGAGAAUAAUAUUUGUUCAAGAAGGAGCCAUCCUCAUUAUAUUUACUAUCUUGUUUGCACAGAAACUGUUCAAGGAUGAAAAUAAUACAACAAGCAACAUCUCAAUAGUAGAGAUUUUGAUAUUUUAUUUGUUGCAAUUGGGCAAGGAUCUCUUGGAAUCUGAGUAAUAUGAGAAGAUAUCGAAGGAUUUCUAUGAUAAUCUUGACACUAGAUCUGAGGCUGUUGGAUUGGCUAUGAGUUUUGAAGCCAAUAACAGAAAGUUGAUGAAACUGAUUGAGAGAUACAAGGAUAGAAAUGACUUAAAGGAGAGAAUAGAUACCAUCACUAAGAUGAUAAAUGAAUUCAAUCAGGACAAUCGCCAAAUUGAUUGUUAAGUCAUUAACAUACAGGAUCAAUACAAUCCUAUGGCUGAACCUUUGAAACUUACAAUUUACAAAUGGAUCGAAUCUCAUAGAAAUCGUUUCCUCUUUGAACCUACACUGUAGAUUUUCCACUUCAUUGCUUGUUCCAAUUUGCAAGUGUUGGAAAUUGCAGAACAUGAAAUUUAAUACAUCUAGAAUCAGGAUUUCGAAGCUGUGAUUUCUUAUUUGCAAAGUUUCUAUAAGGAGGCCACAAAGUACAUCUCACCUACCUUAAGCAAAGAGAGUUUCAUGCAGUAGUUCUUACAAAAUAAGAGGAAUGUUGGAUUCAGUUAAAAUAAUGAGAUAAGGUAGAUUAAGAAGGAUUGGCAAAAUCUAAAGGAGAAGAUCUCAGAACAUGCUUCAUCAAACAAUUUAACCAGAGAGGAUAUUUCACAAUACAUCAACUAAUACGAUUGGAAGAGAUUUCUGCUAGUCAUUGGACAAUUCAUAUUUUCUUUCUGGCAUUUCAUUUGUUUCAUAUUGUUGAUUACCUAUUACUUUCUAAAUCAUGGUUUCUUUACCAUAAUAAUGCCAUUAUUGGUUUUUGCUUACGGAGCAAUCGAAGAAUAACAGCCAGAUAAAUUAAUGUGGAUAUUCCCCUUCAUCUAUUUGAACUUCCUUUGUGCCUUGGAGAAGUUGGAUGAUCUAACUCCAUUUCUGCAAGACAACACCUUUUUGGUGUUUUUAUUUGGUGAGAACUCAGUCGUCUUUCAAUUCAUAACAAUCGUAGCUAUCAUAAUACAAGUGAACAUUAUGAAGAAUAUUGGUCUCUAUGAGAAAUUCAUAAAUCAAUAUGAGACUAUUUAUGGCAGCAUCUUAAGACAUCUGUGUAAUGGCACUUUGAAUUUGGAAGAUGGGAUCAAGAGACCCAAAUAAUAAAAAAUAGUGAGAUCUAAAAGUUAAGAGAGAUUCUAAUGUUUGAAUACAGCAUUAUAAGCAUAACGAGUGUCAAUAUAGAUGAAUCAGACGUUUACAGUUUUGCAAAAAUUGGAAGAUGAUCUAAUAGAUUACCUAACCAGAAUCAAACUAAUAAAGCCUAACUUUUUCUUUAGAGCUUUCAGCAAUAUGAAACCUGGAAAGGAUGUGUAUCCAUUCAUGGCUGGCAUUCAAAUUAUAUUGGCUAUCUACAUAUUUUUGUUCUACGAUUAGAUGAAGUCUAUGGAUUCACCUUCUAUUUCAGAACUCUUGAAGUAUAGUCAAUUUUCUGGUCACAUGGUUGUUGCCUUGCUCUUUCAAAUUCUCUGCAUUUUGAUCGACAGAUACAUACUGCAAUACAAACCUAAAUCUGCCCAAUAUAGUAUAAUCGACGUAUUUUUCAGGAGUGGAAACAACUAUAAUUAGAAUUAGAAUUAGAAUUAGAACUAGAACUAGAACUAGAACUAGAACCAAGUAAUGAUCUAGCAAUUCAACCAAUUUAAAGAGCAAAUGGAACCAGAGGAAGUCAAACAAAUUGAAAUUCAAAUGAGACAAACAGUUGGAGGAGUAGGAUAAAGAUCAGAAGAGGUUAAUCCUCCAAUCUUCAGAAGAGGUAGAUCGUUAUCCUUUGCAGAAAAGAAACAAAUAGAAUAGAAACAAGUGGAAUAAGUUGCUUUGAGAUACAAGUACUAUUUUUAGGUAGUGUUACUGAUUAGAUAGAGCACUUGCAAUGUAGCUGGAGAAUGUUAAUACAUCACUUACAAUAUAUUUAUGAUCCUCUUCUAUAUGUUGAUUUGUUUGUACUUCUUUUUGUCUUCCAUUCAGAUUAAAUAUGGGAUCAAUGAUCAAAUAGCAUAAAACACACUGAUGAAAGGGUACAAGUUCCACAAUUUUGUUAUUUUUAAGGUGUAUAAAUUGAUGCCCUUUUUGUUUGAAUUGCGAACCAUUUGCGAUUGGGCAUUUUCAGAAACGUCAUUAACAUUAUUUCAAUGGAUUAAACUUGAGGAGAUACAUUCCCUACUGUACUCGGCCAAAUGUAAUUCCUAUUUCUUCUCUAACAAAAAGGUUGGGGCCAAGAUUGCAUUUCACACUAAAUUUUCAUUAGGAUUCUUGGUAAUCAUAGUGUUAUUGGCGUUGUUGUUUGGUCCAAUCUUUUUGUACUCUCCAUUGAACCCAACAUUUUAGAAUGACAAUCUCAUUGGAGCUAACAUCGAAGUGGGUUUGAAGAUUAACAAAACAAACUACUUUACAUUGUUUGUGAAUUCACACGUGAGUGAUAUCCAUUAGAUUAGUGAAUUCGAAUGGAAUGCUAAAAACUUAUCUUAAUACAAAUUCUUAAAUAAUAUUGACAAGGAGUCUCUCUAGAUAGUUAAAUUGACUCAUUUUUCAGACACUUAUUGGGACAUCAGCUAUCCUAGUUUGUAUUCAUUAUCUGAGAAUCUGAAGAAUGUUAUUGACAAGAAAGGGGCAUCCACCUUCAAUUUAAUACAAACUUAUAGGUUUAUGAGACAGUACACAGAUUAGACUUCUCAGUUCGUGAGUGAUAAUUAUGAGUUGAAUAUCAACGCCUUGAAAUAGAUAUACGAAUCGAUAGUGAGUUGUUAGGAGAAUAAAUAAAUGAGUAAUCCCAUUCAGUUGUAGAAAUUUUAUCAUGACUUCAUAAGAAUAGAUAAGAAUAAGGAUAUAUCCAUAUUGGAUGAGGGAUUGAUGAAUUCAGUAAUGAUACAAUUGAAUUGUACAGCUAAUGAUCAGUUUUGGUGGUCAAUAUACUCAGAUUACAAGUAGUCAGUAGGGAUUAAGUUCUACAUAGUGAGUGACAAGUAUUCGAGUGCUUUGUUGGGGUACUCAAUCCUUGGGUUUUACAUAACGAUAGUGUACGUGGCUGGGAAGAUGGCAAGAGGAAUAAUGUCUGGGGGAAUAGAUUUGAUAAUGUUGUAGGACAUGCCUUAUCCGGAUAAUUUGUUGAAGAUCUGCGAGGCUAUAAUAAUGGCGAGAGUGGAGAAGGAUCUGAUACAGGAGGAGUUGCUGUACUUCUAGUUGAUAGAUGUAAUACGGUCGCCGUAGUUGAUGCGGAAUAUAUCUGGAAGUUUUGUGGCGUAGAGAUUGCAGAGAUUGGAGAUAGACAAACAGUUGUAGAAAUAGAAAUAGAGAUGA